AAGCAACGCCAAGCUUGGGUAGAGGGAGAGAGAGGGGGUCAGGGAGGACGGGGUGAUUAUUUCUGGUUUGAACUUUGAAGGAGGGCGAGGGAGGAAGAUCAAGAAGGGGAAGUCCCGGGUAUCAAGAAUGAUCGUGAGGACUCCUCCGGCUAAGAGGAAGGCUGAAGCCUACACCGUCGUCACUCCGGGCAGUGCUCCGACAAGUCAGCAGCUCGUCGUCUACCAAGAUCCUUUGCCCGAUGUCCAUGACGGUCAGCCUGAACCCAUGCUCUGCACAUAUCAAUGUCGCCAGAUGGUGAAGUCUGAGUUCAUUGAUGCAUUGAACACCGCAGAAAAGAAAGUGAAUGAUUUGCAAUCUAGUUUGGAGUUACUGAAUCAACAGCUUUGUGGAAAAGAAGCAGAAAGCAAUAAAUUCCAGAGCCAGUUGCGUUUUGCGGAACAAGAACUUUCUGCUGCAAAAGGUCAUGAGCAGGCCUUGCAAGAGCAGCUGACAAAGGAGGUUAAUGAGUCCCUUGAGCGCUAUCAAAGUCAGCUGAAGCAAAUUUCUGAGCUUGAGGUAAAGCUCCAAAAAGAAAUUAAACAACGAAAAGAUGCUGAAUCAUCUGCAUCUGCAGCCCAAGAGAGGUCUCUUGCACUUGAAGAAAAACUUCAAAAUGUUACUGACACUGCUGAAAGGGAGAAAAGGCACCUUCGUAAAGAACUCUCCCUUCUCCAGAGUGACUCCAAAUUUUCCAUUUCCAGAGUCUGCACUGAUCUUGAGUUGAUGGAGUUCAGAGCUAGCAGUGCUGAAAAAGAAUCAGAGCUUCUGAAGAAGCAGCUGGAGGAUCUGCAACUGCAGCUUGCUGAGUGCCAUAAACAAAAAAAUGAACUUGGAAAAAAACUAUCCACCAUCAGUGAACCAUCACAUGAAGUUGCUGCAAGUGAAGCACGUGUGCUUGUGAAGCAUUUGCAGGAAGAGCUUAGGAGCUAUGAAUCUGAAGUAUGUGAGGCACGGAAAUUGAAAGCUCUGCACGACAACACCGAACUCUUGAAAGAAAAGAUUCAGGAAGAGAGACACCACCGAGAGCAAGCAGAAGCUCAGUUGCUUAAACUCCAUGAUGUGGAGCAGAAUGUGAUUAAGUUGGAAGAUGAAUUGGUGAAAUGGAAGUCAAUUUCUAACGAGAUUCCUGGUGUCGAAUCAAGUGAUGAUGUUGUUCAAAAAUUUGCCAGCCUGCAAAGAGAAUUGAUUCAGAGUAUGAAGCAAUCUGGUGAGCUAACUUCACAAUUGAGACAACUGGAGGUAGACAUUGAGAAGGCCAAUCUUGACAAAAAUCACGCUGAAAGGCAGGUCAUGUUGGCAGAGCGAAAGGUAGAAGAAAACAUGGCUGCAGUUAGAAGGCUUGAAAUCUCAGUAGCUUCAGUCGCUGCAGAGAGGGACAGACUACGAGCUGCAGUUGCUAGCCUUGAAGGGGAGUCCUUCGCACAGAAAAAUCAGACAGGCGAGGAUGCAGCUGCAAGCAAUGUUGGUGAAACUCUUGCUAAGGAUCUAGAAGCCUGUCUUAUGGAAAAAGAGUCCACCAUCAAAGAACUGGAGCGUAACCUGCAGGAGCAAAAGGAAAUUAUUAGCAAUCAAUGUUGUGAAAUAAGGCUCCUAAAUGAAAAUUUGAAUAGUGAAACCAGGAGAGCAAAGUCAUUAGAGCGUGAGGGCGAUCGACUUCGUUCUGAGAUUUCACUGUUGGAGAGCAAGUUGGGACAUGGUGAUUAUUCUGCUGCCACAACAAAGGUUCUGCGAAUGGUGAAUACCUUGGCAGUUGAUAAUGAAGCAAAGCAUGCAAUUGAGGCAUUACGUUGUGAACUACAAAAGGCUCAGGCGAAAUUGCAAGCAAUUGAAGAUCUGAAAGGGCAAUCAGAUGCAUCCAAGCUUGUCAGUGGUGACAUAUCUGAAAAACUUGCACAGCUUAAAGGACAAAUUGCAAUACUGGAGAAACGUGAGGAAAGAUAUAAGACAGUAUUUGCAGAGAAAAUAUCAGUCUUUAGACGAGCAUGUUGCUCGCUGUUUGGUUAUAAGAUUAUGAUGGAUGACCGAUUACGGCAUGAUGGAAUCCCUGUAACAAUGUUUACCCUUCAAUCCAUAUACGCUCAAACUGAAGAAGAGAAGCUCGAAUUUGAAUAUGAAUCUGGGAACACUACUAUCGUGACAAACGGUUAUACUCUGCAACCUGAUAUCUCUCAGCAGGUUGAAAUAUUCAUAAAGAGGUGCAACUCAAUUCCUGCAUUUACUGCAAAUCUAACCAUCGAGUCCUUCAAUAGGCGAACCUUGUCUUGAAUUCAAUUGCUGAAAACUGAUGUGUGGAUCUCUACUGCAUUUUUCUUGGUGAGCAAGCUUUGUAAUUUUCCUAUUCUAAAUUAGAAUAAUGUCAAGAAUCCCCAAUGUUUGAGGGGUGAUUGCUUGAAGAUGGUUCUUCACAUUAGCAUUUGGCUACAGCACCAUAUCAUGUAGUAGUUCGGUCAUAUGUUGUUAGGUGUAUCGGUAAGCCAUCCAUUAUAGCUCAAAAUCUUCAGGUUUUGGGCAGCCUUUGCUACUUCUUAGUUUGUGUAAAUAUUCUGCCACCUAUGUGCAGGACAGUUCUCAUUACUUCAGUUAGUAUGGACUGCAGACACAGAUCACUUGGUUAAGUUACACCUACAUAUUCCAUAAUGCUAUCUUUUUCAUUGUAUUGAUGCAUGCAAUGCUACAAUAAAAUUUCCAGUUUUGUAGUA